AUGGGUGAAUACUCGCUGAGAUUCUUAUUUUGUGGAUAUUUAUUGGGAACGAUCACAUCACCAACUGUUCCCUCAAAAAACACCACCAUCAUCACAACAACCGCUCCACUAAUCACCAAGAAUGUCUCCCUCCCGUACAACAACUACACCGGUCCUCCACCAACGAUUCCACCAUCUUGGAAUGCCACUGACAUUCCACCAUCACCGAACAAGAGCAAUUAUACAGGCCCUCCUCCAACAGGAUCGCCUACAGUUUUCAUGAAUUCCACCGCAAAACCAUCUCCACCACCCGGCAAUUACACUGGUAAACCAUCACCAACCGAGAAUACGACUCUGUCCAACAAAGCCAUUCCCACUACUCCACAAAAAUCAGCCGCUUCCACAAACGCAACCACUGUUUCCUCGUGGAAAACAACAACCACUGUUUAUCAAUAUCAAAAUGCAUCCAAUAACACAAAUCCAUCAAAUGGAUCCGAUAUUGUUUACAAUGCGACCUACGUUAUUUUUGGAAACAAUGGAAGCAAUGAUUAUUUUUAUGAUUUCGAUGGAUCCAACGGAAACGCCUCCUCAUUCUGGACGUGGAUUUGGGGAAAUUGGGGACAAAAUUAUGAGAAUCGACACAAAAACAAUGAUACUGAUAAUGAUGAUGAUGAUUAUUAUCACGGUUGGCGUCGUUGGCUUUGGCAUGUGUUGGGCGCUUUCCUCACCGCGAUUUUCAUCGUCGGCUGUUUGUGUUGUCUGUGCGGCGUUUGCGAGUGCGUGACAUCCUGCUGUUGUUGCUGCUGCAAAGGGAACGAUCAAGUUUACAAUGAUCCGCAAACAAGCAAAAAAUUACCGCAAAGAUCAGCUAUUUCAGUGCCUCCCGGCUCCGCUUACAUGCCACCACCGCGUGUAAUGGAGCCACAAAUUUGCUCACCCGGUAUGAUUGUUCCUUACAAUAUGGCCUACGGUGGACCACCAUCAUACGAUCCAUUCGAUGAUCCGAAUCAAGUGCGAAUCGUUCGCGUGUCGAGAGUCUCUUAUCUU